AUGUCGCAAACCGAAACCCUAUCUUUGAUUCACGAGAUUGAAUCUCUCGUCUCAGAUCAACUUCAAGUGGUUUCAUACAAGUGGCUUAGUCGCAGUUAUCUGAUAUCAUCUGAUGAAGCAAAGAGGUUGCUUCAGGAAUUUGUUCAAAAACAUAAGGGUGAGUUGGAAGUGGUGUAUGCUUUGUCUGGCUGGUUAAAGAGUACUCAUCCUAGCUACCACAUAAGGCUUGUUGCUGAACCAAAACUUGCAGAAGCACAACAAGAGUUUGAUGGGCAUUGCUCGGUCCAGGUAUACAGUGUGCAAGCUAGCAUUCCAAAGGAUCCAGCUGUGCUUUGGAAUGAAGAAUAUAUUCAAGCAGAAGAGCUCUUCAAGCAGCCUCCCUCGGCUGAUAAUUGCUUGAGAGACAAUAGGUUAUGUGGGAUCUCUAAUUCUUUUGUAAGAAGGAAUGUGGAGGGCCAACCGGCAGUUUUUGCCACUCCACAAAUAAAAUAUUUAGCAGGCUUGGAACCAACAAAGAGUAACAUUGUUCACCAACCUCCAAAGAACACAACACACAGUUUUGUUGCUAACGUUGACCACAAAUCACAGAAUGUGGUGAAAGAUGUCAAGACUGAAAACAAUGGUACAGGAAAUACAAGAGUUCAUGAUAACACCAAUAAACCUACUACAGAGAAAGAAAAGUCCCUUCCAGUGCCCACAGGGAAAAAGAAAGGACAGGGCGAUAAAAGUAGCUCUGGUACUGAAGGUUCGUUGGCAAGCUUUUGGGGUAGACCAUCUACAAAAGCCAAGCCCUGCCCUGUGCCAGCAGGAAAUAGUAACCUGAUUUCAAAUCCCGCUGAAGUCACUGAAAAUGCCCAAACUUGUGCUCAUGAAGCAGUAGAUCGUGACAGUGAUGAUGAUGACAAUCAAGGUGUCAUCUUAAGAAGAUCAUCCAAUAGGAAAAGGAGGGUUGUCUUUGAUUUCUCAGAUGAAGACGAAGAUGUCAUCAGUUUAGCAUCACCUGAUGUCCCUAUUAAACAACCACCUCAAGAUUCCAGACAAAAUGAUAAAAAGUCAUUAGAGAAAACCACUUUGAAUUUUGAUUUGCAGGUAGGAAAUAAACCAUUGGUUAAAGAAGAGAAAGCAACUGAGAAAAAGGUUUUCCAACCACCAAGAGAAGAUUUAUCAAUUAUGACCAAGUGCACAAGUAAUGGUAAAUCAUCUACUGAGAAGCUGUAG